CUAGACCAUACCCCCAACACAUCCGGAAAGCAACAGAGGUGGAAAAAACGUGCCGAAAGACUCGAGGCAACUUCACAAGCAGCGCCACGCCUUUACAGUUCUGCGUAUGUUGAGCCUUGAGGUGCACCAGCCAUGACAGGGUCAACUCCGGACAGUACCAACGAUACCGCCAACGGUGCAACAGCGCCCAAAAAAAAGAUACUGAUCAAUGCGUUCGAUAUGUCUACGGUUGGCCAUCUUUCGCCAGGUCAGUGGAAGAACCCAAAAGAUCGCUCAGCCACGAAGCGCAAGCUCGGCUACUGGAUUGAUCUUGCCAAACUGCUAGAGCGCGGCGGUAUCAACGCACUCUUCUUAGCAGAUACAUACGGCGGAUACGACACCUACGAAGAAAGCUUGGACAACUGUAUUCGAAGGGCUGCGCAAUGGCCUGUGACAGAUCCAACAAUACCGAUAUCCGCAAUGGCGGCAGUGACGAAGAACCUAGCUUUUGCCAUCACAGCUUCUACGUCUUUUGAGCCACCGUUCUUGCUCGCUAAGCGCUUUAGCACUCUGGACCAUCUUACGGGAGGGAGGUUCGGCUGGAACAUUGUCACAAGUUGGAAGAAAGCCGCUUUCAAAGCCAUCGGCUUGGAUACCCCGAUCGAACACGACGAGCGAUAUGCACAAGCGGACGAGUACCUGCGCGUUCUAUACAAACUCUGGGAAGGCUCGUGGGCCGACGACGCCAUUACCCAGAACACCGCAGAGGACGAGUAUAUCAACCCAGCGAAGGUGCGCACCAUCCACCACCACGGAAAAUACCUCCACCUCGAAUCGCGCCACAUCGUCGAUCCCUCACCCCAACGCACGCCUUUCCUCUUCCAAGCCGGCACAUCUUCCGCAGGCUCGGAAUUUGCAGCAACCCACGCCGAAGCUAUCUUCGUCUCCUCCCACUCACCUACCAUUCUGCGCCCCAAGAUCUCCAAGAUACGCCAGCUAGCACAAGAGAAGGGGCGCGAUCCGCAAAGCAUCAAGUUCUUCGCUACGUUCACGCCCGUGCUGGGUCGCACGGACGAAGAAGCGCAGCAGAAGUACGAAGAGCUGAAAAGGUAUGCAUCUACGAUUGGAGGGCUGGUGCUCGUGUCUGGAUGGACUGGCAUCGACCUCUCCAAAUACGCUCCAGACCAUGAAAUUAGUGCCGCCGACGCAACAGAAGACCACCGCGUGCGCAGCCUGCUCCAUCAAUUCACCGCUACAUCUCCUGAGGUCCCGCGCUGGACUCCCCGCGUCAUUUCUGAGAAGGCGUCGAUAGGCGGGCUAGGCCCGGUGGCCGUAGGUUCGCCGGCUACGGUUGCGGAUGAGCUGGAGAGGUGGGUGACGCUGGCGGAUGUGGAUGGGUUCAAUAUUGGGUAUGUGACGACGCCCGGAAGUUUCGAAGACGUGGUGGAGUUGUUGGUGCCGGAGUUGAGGAGGAGAGGGAUAUAUGGGGAGAGUAACGAGGGAUUGACGGCGAGAGAAAAGGUUUACGGGAAGGGGCAGAAAUUGCUGAGGAGUGACCACGUGGGGAGUCGGCAUAAGUAUGAUGUUUAUGAUGAGUCGGCAAGUUGAGAGCGAGGUUGCUAAUCCUGCUGCCCUGUGGGACGGCGGGAUCGACCUAACGCAGCUUAAGGCUUAGCUUAGUUUAGUAAUUAAGCAGAGAGCAUCUGCAACUUCCUUCGCAGAUGU